AUGGUGCAGAUCGUCAUCUCCAGCGAGGGUGCUGGAGGCCUGGCGCAGUGGGUGCUGGUGGAGCUGCAGGGCGAGGUCGAGCCCCGGCAGAGCAGUGGGCUGGCGGGGAGCCUCCUGGGAGACCUGCACUACACCUGCGAGGGGGUCCCUGUGCUCAUUGUGGGCCACCACAUCCUCUACGGGAAGGUGGUGCAGCUGGAGAAGCCCUUUGCCGUCCUGGUGAAGCGGGGAGCUGGCGAGCCUGGCCCUGCAGGGCCACACACCCACUACACUGUCACCGCCCUCAUCAAAACCAAGCUCCUCUUCAAAACACGCCCCAAGCCCAUCAUCACCAAUGUGCCCAAGAAAGUGUGA